GUUCUGCUUGACUGCAUAUUAGUAUUACUCACCUUUCAGCACGAACGGUUCUCAUCGUAGAAUUGCUUUGGAACUCGACGAGGAGUUGCGGAAGGAGAGUUGGAAACGAGUCGGCUGUGGUUGCCAUGUUGAGCAUAGCGUCACUUCAGACGCCUUUGUUGCCAUGGUGACUAAAAAAAGACCCCUGUCGUGACGUCACAGACGUCAGACGCAUACACCGAAGUUAUUUGUGCUGCAGUGUUUGCGUAACAAUGGCGACGUCAAGAACAUCGCUACCGGAAAUGACGUCAAGGGUCAGCAGGAAAAGAAGCAGGAAGUGUCUCCAAAGCCCAGACAUAUCAUAUCGGACUUUAUCCAAAGAAGAAAUUGCAAAGUUCAUCAACAGCCAGAAGCAGAACAUCUGCGUGGGUCUUCUUCAACACGGCUUCCACAGGUCCUUCUCAGAGCUUUUCCUGCUAAUUCACUUGGAUCAAGAGCGCAGAGAGGCAGCCGAGGUCAACUCAGCAGUCAGUCUUCAGACUCCGCUAGAGGAGCAACAAGAAAAAAUGGAGAGCAUCAGUCGGUACUUGAGCCGGUCCGAGCAGGCCCAACGGGAAGGUCGGUGGCCGCUGGCGUACGAACAGCGUCUGAUUUUGGGUGGUUACUUCACGGAUGAAGAGGACUUGUGGCUGAGUUUGCACUUCUACCUCACCUGUAUUGACGCACGUGAAGAAGGCUGCAUGGGACAUGCCACCGAGGCCCGCGCCUGCUUGGCCGAGCUCCACCUGAAGCAAGGUCGGCUGGACGAGGCCAGGCAGCAGGCCGAGCUCUGCGUGCGGCUGGCCGACGGAGGCCGUUGGUCAGACUCGUCCGGUCGUUCCUUGCGGCACCGCGCCCGCGAGAGCCUGUGGUCCAUUUACAGCCGCCAGGCGGACGCUUGUGUCAAAGCGGGAGAUCUUAACAAGGCUCUGAGGCUUCUCCACAGCGGCUACACCACAGCCACGGAGUCUGAAAACAAACACAUAGAAGGGAAAGCCGCCUAUCAGCUUGGACUCGCCUAUUACAGCGUCGGCGACUACGACACCUCCGAACAGUACCUGAACACGUCCAUGCAGAUCUGCAGCACAACACAGGACAUAGACGGGCUGGGUAAGGCCUACAAGGCCAUGGCCAAGCUGUGUGAAAGUAAAGGCAACUUAAACAACACAAUCCAGCUUCUGGAGACGUUAGUUGACAUCUCCCGUAGCAACAGCCUGCAUCAUCACCUGGUGGACGCCUGUCUUUGUCUGGGCAACGUCUACACAAACAGGAGGCAGUAUGACCGCGCACGUGAGCGCUUGCUGCAAGGCUACAGCGUCGCUUGUGACAUCGGAGACAAGACUCUUGUGCACAAGGCCCAGGUGUCUCUGGCCAGCGCGCACACUCGCUGCAUCAUGAGGAAGUACAGCACUGAUGUGGAGUCGGACGAGCCCCGCGCUCUGUCACGCCUGCUGGACUGGAAAGUGACGAGAGGACGCCACGACGCCACUGAAAACAAUGUUGUCAGCGACUAUUAGGCCACACUUAAAAUGCACGUUUAUUCACCGCCAGCAGGGACUCUUCCUUGCACUGUCAACAUCUGGACAACAUGAAAUAUACAUUUUAAAACAUCUUUGUUCUUUGUACUGCAAUUCCAAAAUGUAAUUACAUUCAUUGAUAGAUACAUACACACAUGCAUAGGUACUUGUGCACAUACAUAGGUACAUAUUCUACCACAGACACAAACACAGUACAUACAUCCACACGCACUUUCACUGUGCAAACAUACAUAUACACAUACUGUACAUAUACAUUCACCGCAUCAAGGGUUGGAAUUGGGAGUUAAAUCACCAAAAAUGAUUGCCGGGCGCGGCACUGCUGCUGCCCACUGCUGCUGCCCACUGCUCCCCUCACCUCCCAGGGGGUGAUCAAGGGUGAUGGGUCAAAUGCAGAGAAUGAUUUCACCACACCAAGAGUGUGUGUGUGACAAUCAUUGGUACUUUAACUUUUAACUUAACUGUAGAAACAUGCAAAUACACAUACUGUACAUAUACAUUCACUGUACAAACAUACACAUACUGCACAUAUACAUUCACUGUACAAACAUACACAUAUUGUACAUAUACAUUCACUGUACAAACAUACACAUACUGUACAUAUACAUUCACUGUACAAACAUACACAUACUGCACAUAUACAUUCACUGUACAAACAUACACAUAUUGUACAUAUACAUUCACUGUACAAACAUACACAUACUGCACAUAUACAUUCACUGUACAAACAUACACAUACUGCACCUAUACAUUCACUGUACAAACAUA